AUGGCCAUACGAAAAGCAUCCCCCGGAUUAAAGGGGCAGACACAGAAAGAAAGAGCCGCAGCAGGACUGGUUUCAACCAUUGUGGUCACGUCCAUGGGCACGUGUGUUGGCGCUGAGGACGUCCUUCCCUCUAUUUUAACGUCAAUAGGAAAGCGCGAGGUGGACGAGGAGAGAAUAAACAGCCAAAAGACAUACAUCGGGAGCCGAGUCUCCACAAAAAAGGGGACGUUUAUGCUCCUUGCAAACGCCCCGGACGCCCCCCACGCAAUGAAGGCGCGGAUGCAGGGCGCCGACAUAAACAUCGUGCUUGUUGAUAAAGAAAUCAACAACGACGUCAGCAAUCUUAUAGGGCAGACAAAGCAGGACAAUCUGAUUUUUCUGUCGUGUCUUAGAGCGGCUUCUGCAGACAUAAAGAAAAGCAUAAAGAAGACGUUUGGAAAAACAAAAGUCUACACGCUAAACGAAAUAGGCCGGGUGCUGGAAAGCAAGACAGUUCUGAACAGAAAGCGGCACACGCGCCCCCACUUCCUGCCGGACACGCUCGAGCAGCUUGGCGAGCGGCUGUUUAAAAUCACAGGCGCUGUGGACAAGGGCUUUGUUUCUGGGCGCAUACUGAUCAACGGAAGCAUUAUUGCGCAGAUCCGGGAGAUCUUGGUGGACGGAAAGCCGCUGGACAUAUCCGGGCUGGCGCCCCUCACUAAGGAGGACAUAUACCAGAAAAAGAAGGAGGAAGGCGACGCCAUGGCGGACAUUAUUUCGCACUUGCGGAUAUCCGAGAACAACAUCAACGACCAGCCUGAGUACUCGGACGACUCGCUUGGGUGCGUGAACCUGGAGGAAACCGAGGAAGAAAAAGACAGCGAGGACGAAAGUGAGGACUAUGCGGACCUCGAGGAGGUCGAGUAUGAGGAAAGCUCAUGCGAAGUCAACUCGGACGACCUUGUCGGGUACGGGGCGCUGGGCUCGGAAAACAAGAAAAAAGAGCUGAUCCAGAAGUACAAAGGCUUCAAGGGGUUCAAAACCAUCAACCUCGGCCUGCACAAAAAGGCGUCUGACCGCGAGAACGAGACCAUAAAGGUGUUUAGGACGCAGAAUCUGCCAGAGUACUACACCCAGCUGAGCUUUAUCGGGUCCGAGCGCGCAAGGCGAAAGAUACUGGCAAAGAAGAGCCCUGUUCCUGUGCGCACGCCGUUUGAGCUGACGUUUGAAGUAGACCCCGCUAGCAUGGAGGCGUUUGGUGCAUGCAUGCUUUCUGGGCAGCUUUCCGUGCACGGGCUCUUCGACUACGAAGGCUCUCCAACCAUAUGCACGCUAGGGUUCUCCGCAAAGGAAACGAUCAGCAUGUACAACAGAAACCUGUUUUUUGACUUUGGCUUUUUCCACUCGAUGCCCGGAACACUUGUAUUUGGAAACGGAACCGAAGUUGUGAAGUGCAAAACAGAGGGAACCACAGGAACCAUCUGCUUUAUAGGCCCUCUGGUGCUCACAGACGAUAAAAUCGCCAUUUCCCUGGACGGGCGGACGGUGGGAAGCGCGCUCCAUGCAAUUAGAAAAGACCCUAUUAUUAUUAAAACAGUCGUGUUUAGAGGGGUUCCUGUAAAAAUACAGAAGAGGUCCUGCGUGAUUGGAAAAAUGUUCCGCACACGAGAAGAGGUUAAAUACUUCAAGGACAUCAAGCUGUACUCGAGCCUGAAAAAGGAGGGGCACAUCAAAAAGCCGCUUGGCGAAAAGGGCCUUAUGAAGUGCUACUUCUUCCCCCCGAUCAAGCACGGCGAAAAGGUAUACAUGGAACUUGCCAGAAGGGUCUUUAUAACCCCGGAUGAAUAG